CAAAAGUAUAGCAAAAUCAACCAAACACUCUGGAUCUGGAUCAUAUAGAACCUAAUUCCCAACUAUAUAAGGAAAUGUGACCUUUACAGUAUGCGCGACCAAAUCCUUUAUUGAUUGGACUUCCAUUUUACUCUAACUACUUCCAAGAAUUCCAGCCUUGAUUUAUUCUAAAAGUUUUAUCACUAAUUACUAAACAUCAUACAUGCAUAUAAUAAUCUUUAACACACAUUUUACAUUUUCAUGUUUAUUUCAAGCAAAAGAUAAACAAAAUCCUAUGCUCAUAAAUUCAAUGGCUUCCAAGAUAAAGGUGUAGGAGCAAGGUGACCGACCGUACAACAUUUUGAAUAUUAUUUAAUUUUAGUUUAGGACCGUAAAAAUUAUUGUAUAUUUUUACUCUGCGUUUAAAGAAAAAAAGUGUCGAUGAGGGAAUCAAAAGCUUUGUUUGGUGUGAUGGGAAUGAGUUGUUCUUCUUGUUCUAAUUCUAUUGAAAAAGCUAUUAAACGACUUCCGGGUAUUCGAGAAGCCAUUGUUGAUGUUCUUAAUAAUAGGGCUCAAGUCAUUUUUAAUCCCUCUUUGGUUAAUGAGGAGAAAAUCCUUGAAACCAUUGUGGAUGUUGGAUUUGAGGCAACAUUGAUUGAUCAUAACAUCAAUAAUUCAAGCAACCAAGUAUGCAGGAUACACAUAAAAGGCAUGACUUGUACAACUUGUUCAAACACAAUUGAAUCAAAUCUCCAAGGACUUAAUGGGGUUACAAAGGCCCAAGUUGCAUUACCAACGGAAGAAGCUGAAAUCCAUUAUGAUCCAAAUCUAGUCACUUACAAUCAACUACUUGAAGUCGUUGAAGAUAGCGGCUUUGAAGCUGUACUUAUAGCCUCAGGGGACGAUAAAUGUAAAGUCGAGUUGAAAAUCGAUGGAUUAAGAACUAGCCGUUCUUGGAGGAUCGUAGAAAGCUCACUUGAAACACUUCCUGGAGUACAAUCUAUAGGCGUUGAUCCGAAAGACCAAAAAAUAUCGAUUUUCUAUGAGUCCGAUGUUAUAGGGCCUAGGAGCAUUAUCGAAAUGAUCGAGUCAUUUGGAUCAGGUCGUUAUAAGGCAAUGAUAUGUUCCGAUGAACUAGGAAGAGAUUCUCAUAAACACGAAGAAAUCAAACAUUAUUAUCGAUUACUGAUUUGGAGUCUAAUGUUUAUGAUCCCAGUAUUUCUGACAUCGAUGGUGUUUAUGUAUAUUCCCGGUGUUAGACUUGUGUUUGACAACAAAGUUAUGAAGAUGUUGACAGUCGGGGAGAUUGUAAGGUUGGUUUUAGCCACUCCGAUCCAAUUCAUUAUCGGUUGGAGAUUUUACAUUGGAUCUUACAACGCUUUAAGGCAUGGUUCUCCUAAUAUGGAUGUUUUGAUUGCCUUGGGAACAAAUGCAGCCUACUUUUACUCGGUUUAUACUGUUCUUAGAGCCGCUACAUCAGAAAGUUUUCAGGGAACAGAUUUUUUCGAGACUAGUUCGAUGCUUAUUUCGUUUGUACUUCUCGGUAAGUAUCUAGAAGUUUUGGCAAAGGGGAAAACCUCGGCUGCUAUUGCUAAACUCAUGGAUUUAGCUCCCGAUAGUGCUACGUUAUUGACCCUUGAUGCUGACGGAAAGAUCAUGAAUGAAAAAGAUAUCGAUAGCAGAUUGAUGCAAAAGAACGAUGUGAUUAAAGUCAUUCCGGGUGCAAAAGUCGCUUGUGAUGGUUCCGUGAUUUGGGGACAAAGUUAUGUGAAUGAAAGUAUGAUUACAGGAGAAUCUCGGCCUGUACUUAAGAAGAAAGGGGAUAAAGUAAUAGGCGGGACAGUAAAUCAGAAUGGGGCAUUACACGUUAAGGUAACACAUAUUGAAUCGGAAACUGUGCUUUCUCAGAUUGUUCGCCUUGUUGAAUCCGCACAGAUGAAUAAGGCGCCUGUGCAGAAGCUCGCUGAUCAGAUUUCGAGAUAUUUCGUACCUUUGGUAAUUCUUUUCUCAGUUUCAACUUGGCUUGUAUGGUACUUAGCUGGAAAAUUCCACAGCUAUCCUGAAUCAUGGAUACCGCCAUCUAUGGAUAGCUUUGAGCUAGCGUUACAGUUUGCUAUCUCGGUUAUGGUCAUCGCGUGCCCUUGUGCUUUGGGUUUGGCUACACCGACUGCAGUUAUGGUCGGUACAGGAGUCGGAGCUUCUCAAGGUGUCCUUAUUAAAGGAGGCCAAGCUCUUGAAACCGCUCAUAAGGUAAACUGCAUUGUGUUUGAUAAGACUGGGACUCUAACAGAGGGCAAGCCGGUAGUCGUGAGCACACGACUACUGACACAAAUCCAAAUUCAACACUUCUAUAAUCUGUUAGCCGCUGCUGAGGUCAACAGUGAGCACCCAUUAGCAAAAGCCAUCGUUGAGUACGCUAAGAAGUUUAGCAAACACGAAGAAAAUCAAACUUGGGAAGAAGCAACGGACUUUGAGGCCAUUACCGGUAAGGGUGUCAAGGCGAUAGUCGGCAAGAAGGAGAUUCUAGUCGGAAACAAGAGCUUGAUGGUAGAUCAUGGAAUCACCGUCCCUCAUGAGGCAGAAGUACUGCUAUCUGAAGCCGAAGGUAGGGCUCAAACCGGUAUAUUGGUAUCCUUUGACCGUGAACUUACAGGAGUUGUAGCAAUUUCUGAUCCCCUAAAGGCAACCGCACCUGAAGUCAUAUCCAUUCUUAAGUCCAUGAAUGUUGAAAGCAUUAUGGUGACUGGUGAUAAUAAGGGCACAGCCAACUCUAUUGCUGAGCAAGUUGGGAUUGAGACUGUUAUUGCUGAAGCCAAACCUGAACAGAAAGCACAGAAAAUUAUAGAAUUACAGGCAGAAGGCUACAUAGUGGCUAUGGUGGGUGACGGUAUAAAUGAUUCGCCUGCAUUAGUAGCAGCCGAUGUGGGAGUCGCAAUCGGUGCUGGGACAGACAUAGCCAUCGAAGCAGCAGAUAUUGUACUCAUGAGAAGCAAUUUAGAGGAUGUCAUAACAGCCAUCGAUCUCUCGAGGAAAACGUUCUCUAGGAUACGUUUUAAUUACAUUUGGGCGUUGGGUUAUAACGUGCUUGGAAUCCCAAUUGCUGCAGGUUUUUUGUACCCUUCACUUAGGUUUCGGUUACCUCCAUGGAUAGCAGGAGCUGCAAUGGCUGCAUCAUCAGUUAGUGUUGUAUGUUGGUCCCUCUUACUGAAGAAUUACAGAAGACCAAGGAUGUUGGACACCCUUGAAAUUAAAGAAAUAAGGGUUGAGUGAAAAUGUCUAAUAUAGUUUGUUAGCUACAAAUAAUAGUCAAUACAAGCAGCCAAAAUAAGCUAAAGUAGCUAGGCUUUUACUUGGCUAAUUUAUGUAAAUUCAUGUAGGCUGAAACUAUUGGGAAGAACUAUGCUAUAAUGAGUACAUAACUCACAGUUCAAAAA